AUGGUUGAGGUUGGUGAGAUCUUCACUGCUGCUGGAUCAGCAUUUCAGAAGUUGGGAGAACUGGCCAUGCAGUUGCACACCAGUGCUGAUGGACCCAAUCCUGGAGGGUUCAAAGUUGGCUUCAUCUACCAGUCGUACACCUCCACGAUGGGACACCUGUUGAAGCGGCAGUGCAAGUUCGUGGUGAUGCAGCGCAUCCAGCGGGCCCAACGCAUCGCCCUCCUGUACUCCCGCAUCUGGAACGAGGCGGCGGUUCGAAAGAUGGUGCAGCGGUGGAACACUCGGCGAUGGCGGAACCGAUUCAUGCUCGGGGCGGGGUUGGUUGCCAAGUUCACCUGGAACGAGGAACGGAUUCCGUUGUCGUUCAUGGAGCGCCACGUUGAUGAUGUCGAUUCGAUCCAUGAGCUCAUCGAGGAAACACUGGUCUGUGUCCACUGCCACAACCGCAAGGCAUUUGAUGGAAAGCGAGAAGGUGUCUCAUAUUGCACCUGUCGGCAGACGGCCGUGAAAUGGCAAGAUCACAGCUGGCAGCCGUUUCUGGAGCGUGCACACGUCACCGUCUGGCGGAAGCCGUACCGCGGAAACAUUUACGAAUACAAGGUUCAUGGUGGCUAUGCCGAUGUAAGCGCCAAGAGUUUCUCUGUUGCUAUGUUAGACAUGGAUUUCCGGUCGCAAUGGGACGUAUCUGCCAUUGACUUGACCACUGUUGACGAAGAUCCUGACUCCAAUGCCAUCAUUCUCUAUUCGGUGAUGAAGUAUCCCUUUCCGCUGACUCAUCGUGACUACGUCUUCAAGCGAUCUCACUGGUUCUUUCCGGAGAAGAAGACCUUGGUCCUGGUGAACCAGUCCACAACGCAUCCAAAGUGUCCCUUGAACAAUUCAUACAUGCGUAUCGCUGCGUAUCAAUCGGUGAUGACCAUCCGGGCCUGUGGUCCCAGCUUCGAACAGCCCACCAUGGAGUUCACGCUGCAUUACUAUGACGAUCCAGGUGUUCAGCUCCCCACGGCUUUUGUUUCUUAUGUCUCCAUGUUUGGCUUCCAGUCAUAUCUGAGUGCCAUGUAUGAGGCAGCUUUGAAGGUUGAACGGGGUCAGCACAUCAGUAAGAUCAACGAUCUGCUCUACAAGGACAAGUCGCUUGCCACUCGCUUGGAGAAUCUCACCCCAAAGAAGAAAGCCGUUGCACAUCUACGCAUCCCCCGUCCCUCUGACGAGUCUGUCCGCAGCAUCCUCGGCCCUGCUUGGGACGAAGACGAGGCAGAGAAUGUGAUGGAUGUGAUUGGGCACCGUGGAGCAUGCCUGGAUGCACCCGAGAACAGCCUGUCCGCUUUUCGUAAAUGCAAGGAGCAAGGGGUGAAAGGAGUGGAACUGGACGUGUCUCUGAGCAAGGAUGGAGUGGCCUUCGUGUUCCACGAUGACACGUUCGAUCGCAUCACUGAGGCCACUGGUCCUGUUUCCAGUUUAACCUGGAAACAAGUACAGGAACUCAACAUCAAGCCUCCACCUGGUCAUGAGUCAGGGUGGAACUGGCUUCGGGACUUGUGGACGAACGACCUGGGGUUGAAGGUCAUCAUUGAUGUCAAGGAUCCAACCCUCCAGGCAGCAGAUGUAGUAUUGGAGAUGUUCAAGACAAUCCCAAAUCUACAUCAUCAUGCCAUGGUUUCCUCGUUCUUCCCCAACAUCAUAUACAGGGUAUGUAAUGGA